AAACUCUGCUUGGAAGAAUAUUAGUUUGUACUUCAGCUGGAGUGUAUGAUAAAUCGGCACGUGCUGAAAGACAAAGCAAUGAUUGAAUAGCUCCUGGUAACGGAAAGAGACUAUUUGAAGCAUUUAGCCCAGUUCCCCACAAUUAUGGGCAAAGAUGCGAUAACUGUCACAUAGAAAAGUCUUCUUCCCCAGGAAAACACUUUUUAGUGCUCUCUAACAAACUUCAAGCUUCCUGGUAGAUAUUGGUGUUCUAUUAUCACAGAAAAAGGCAAGUAGAGAUCAAGUGAAUGUUGUGUUUCAGAUCCAUGCAGUAAUGAGGAGUCUGCAAGGUAAAACUUCUGAUUAGCCAGGGAAGUGGACUGUGCCUUCAUGCUACUGAGAAGACACCUUUCUGUCUCACUUUUUUUUAUUUUUUUCAGUGUUUAUGUAAUUAAAACAAUACAAGAAUUGAUAUGUACAGGAUUUUUAGAUUAAGAUUGCAUUUCAAAUUUUAUUGUAAAAUUAAUUCUGUUCUGAGAUUACUUAAAGUCUUAGCCUAUAUCUUCUUUUAAUGUAUCCUGUAGUGUGUAAAAGCAAAUAGAAUUGCAUUUGUAAUUGUCCAGAGUGGGAACUACCACUUCACAGGCCGCUCAUUCAGAAUUAGGCUUAGACUUCCUUUCUUCUCUCCUCUCCAUCCUUGAAGACCUGAACAAAGCUUUCAUGGUAAAAAAUGAUGGUCGUCACUAUGGUGCUGUCAGUUGUGAGGGAUGCAAAGGUUUCUUUAAAAGGAGUGUGAGGAAGAAUUUGACCUACAGUUGUCGUAGCAACCAGGACUGUAUCAUCAAUAAACACCAUCGGAAUCGCUGCCAGUUUUGUAGGCUUAAGAAAUGUCUAGAGAUGGGCAUGAAAAUGGAAUAUUUACCACACUUGUUUGGCACAUUGGAGACUGAGCUUAUUUUCUUCCAGUUAUCAAGUAGAAGUAUUUUAAGUUCUGAAAAGUCUGCAUGUCUCUAUCUUUAUGUAGCUGUUCAAAGUGAAAGAAAGCCUUUUGAUGUGCAACGUGAAAAACCAACCAACUGUGCAGCUUCCACUGAAAAAAUCUAUAUCAGAAAAGAUCUACGAAGCCCUCUAAUAGCAACUCCAACAUUUGUGGCAGAUAAAGAUGGGACGCGCUCAGCAGGUCUUCUUGAUCCGGGAAUGCUUGUGAAUAUUCAGCAGCCUUUGAUCAGGGAUGAUGGUACGGUGCUCCUAGCUGCUGACUCCAAGGCUGAAACAAGCCAGGGUGCUUUAGGAACACUAGCAAAUGUUGUAACAUCUCUUGCUAAUCUCAGUGAGUCACUAAAUAAUGGAGAUACUUCUGGAGUUCAACAAGAGGAGCAAUCCGCAAGUGAGAUUACACGGGCAUUUGAUACUUUGGCUAAAGCACUUAAUACCACAGAUGGUACAGCAGCUCAUAACUUGGCAGAUGGGAUGGAUCCUACAGGAGGAGGGAAUAUUCAUGUAAUCAGUAGAGAUCAGUCAACACCAAUUAUUGAAGUGGAAGGACCCCUACUUACAGAUACACAUGUCACAUUUAAGCUGACAAUGCCCAGCCCGAUGCCAGAGUACCUUAACGUACACUACAUCUGUGAGUCAGCAUCACGACUGCUUUUCCUCUCUAUGCACUGGGCUAGGUCCAUACCAGCAUUUCAAGCUCUUGGGCAGGACUGUAACACAAGCCUCGUACGUGCCUGCUGGAAUGAGCUGUUUACCCUGGGCUUGGCGCAGUGCGCUCAGGUGAUGAGUCUAUCCACCAUCCUAGCAGCUAUUGUCAAUCACCUCCAGAACAGCAUACAGGAAGAUAAACUUUCUGGAGACAGAAUAAAGCAAGUCAUGGAACACAUCUGGAAGCUUCAGGAGUUCUGUAACAGCAUGGCCAAGCUUGAUAUUGAUGGAUAUGAAUAUGCAUACCUUAAAGCUAUAGUCCUCUUUAGCCCUGAUCACCCUGGUCUGUCCAGUUCAACACAAAUAGAAAAAUUCCAGGAGAAGGCACAGAUGGAAUUGCAGGACUAUGUACAAAAAACCUAUCCAGAAGAUACUUAUAGGCUAGCUCGGAUUCUAGUUCGCCUGCCAGCGCUUAGGCUGAUGAGCUCUAGCAUUACCGAGGAACUGUUUUUUACUGGUCUCAUUGGAAAUGUUCCCAUUGACAGCAUAAUCCCCUACAUUCUCAAAAUGGAAACAGCAGAAUAUAAUGGUCAAAUAACUGGCACAUCUGCGUAGUGGGAACAACACAAUUUGGUGGAUCAAAGUAAUUUUUAUAAAACAUACAAUUAUCAAGUUGAAAGAAUGGCAUUUUGGUAUGUACAGAUAUUCCAGCUUGUUAUCAGCUUCCUGUCAGAUUUCUCCUGUCUGUUGACAAAAUGUAAGCCAUUAGAAGACUGCUGUAGGACCUUUUCUGCCACAAGGAAUAUUUUUGAUGCCUUUCAUUUAAAAGGCUAUAGAUUACUGAACAUACUUUUCACAUACUUUGUAUUUAGAAGUUAUCAGUGGUUAAAAAUAGUUUUAUAAUAUCAGAGAUUAGUAAUAAAAUUACUUUAAAAGUAAAAAGAACAGUAUGUAUAUAUUUAAAAAUAUCCUUGGAAUUAAUAUCUAAUAAAUGCCAGGGUGUAAUACUAGCACUUUGUAAUCACUUCUCGUCAAAGCGACGUCAUCGACAUCCUGCUUAUGAGUAUGAAAAAUGAAAAAAAUUGCCAAUGUCCUUAGUCAAAAUGCUAGUGAUUUCUGUGCAAAAGUAGAAUGCUACAGGAGACAAUCAUUUAUUCUACAAAAAGUCACUUGCUCUUACAUCACGCAUGAAAUAUUAAUGUGGAUUCUAAAAUCCAUGUUAUACAACACUAUACUCCAUUAAAUUAGUGCAGUCGUAAUUCACAGUACGAUGCAGUUGUAGUGACUAUUACAUGCUACAGGAAUUACCCAAACAAGGAGAAAACAUGUUUCAUGCCACAGUAAUGAUGAAAUGUUUGGUUUCCUUAAAUUUUCAAUUCAGACCAAUGCGGUCAUGACAAAUGUUAUCUGAAUAGGAAGCCUUUUGAUUGUGGGGAAAAUCAGUCAUUAACUGGAAGAACAAUAAUUUUCAAAGAGCUGUGUGAUGCUCUUUGUAUUUCCAAAUUUACUCCUCCUCUCUGUGCUCCUGAACACCCUCGCUAUCCAGCCAAAGGUACAAUUCAAAACCUGAAACGUGCCGGCCCUCUGGCUGUCAGCAUAAGUGUAUUACAAAGUUCUCUUACUUUGUUUGUAGGCACGGUGGUGUUGGGCUGAUGGUUGGACUUGAAGGUCUUGGAGGUCUUUUCCAACCUUAAUGAUUCUGUGAUUCUUCCUCCACUCCUCCCUCCCCUUGCCUGAAUCCCAAUUCUACAGUGCUCUCAACCUUCCUGUGACUCAAUUUGAAACUGAAAUAUAGUUAGGAUUUACAUUCAUUCAUUCAUGUACCACUGCAGUUAAUGACUGAGAUAACAUGGAGUUAUAAAAAUAACUACUUUUUAGUUGUCUAGAGUGAUGAGCGAUCAACAUGUUUGCUAGUAUUGGCCAUUAGCUACUAGCAUGCUUUCAUUUUAGUAUAAUUUAUUAUUAUGGACAUGAAAUAUUUUAAGCAAUCAAAGUUUAAGAAAAAGUCAUGGCAAUUAAUAACUUCAUCUGAUCCUGGUUUAUUAGAUGCAUCAAUUAUUUUAAUUAUUUGUAUGAUAGUGGCAUUUUCUACUUGUAUAUUUCUAUGUGACAAAAUCUAAUGAUAAGUGCAGCACUUUUGUUUUUCUUCUGUUAUUCAGUUGUAUUUAGAAACACCAGCCAGGUUGGUGUUUGUGUCUUUUAAGGGUCUGAAUUGUAGCUGAAAGACCUUAAGCAGUUCUAGAUGAGGCUUCUGCUGUAACAGAAAGUCCUGACCUGGUGCACUUCAUUCUCAUUAGGAGGCUCAUGCUUGUAGCACCAUUGUGAUACAGGACGCUAUUUAAUUUUAGCUUCUGGAUGUAUUAAAGUCUUCUGUAAUUGCUAUUGUUACAGCAUUCAGGAUCUUCUUCUCACCAGAGGAUGUUACAAAGAGUGCAAUAUACAUGCAGAGAUUUGUAAUAUUGCACUUUGAUUUCUCUUGGCUUUUGCUAUAGCAAAUAAAACUCUCAAAUUUUUAAUGUGAUGGAAGUUCCGUGCUCUGAAUGCUCAGUCAACUGGAAUGCAGAAUUUUGUACUGGCUGUUUUAUUGCAGUGUAACGACUUGUAUAAUUGUGUCGGCACUUCUGAUGCAAAGUCCCUGUUUUAAGGGUAUACGGCUUAAAAUUAAUUGUGAUACUAACAGCAUCAGAAGAUGCAGCUACCUUGGAAAGACUUGUGACCAUUUUUGUUAAAAUUGGAAAUGUUACUGGGUCAUGUCACUGUUGUUCUGACAGCAGGUAUGCAUUGAACUGUUGUGAUGUUUUUCAUUGCAGAAAAAGAUUAUGCUGUUAAAUUUGUUUUCAGUAUUUUGAAAAAUCAUUUAAGCAGACAAGUAAGGAUUGUUAAUGACAAAUGAAACAUUCCUUAGCACAAAAGUUAGUCCUUGGAAUCUUUUUUCCCAAAUUUGAAUGCACACCAACGAGCUUUUUCAUGACAAAUGUAAUGUCCAUUUCCAGUUUUUCAAGUACAACAGCCCCAUUUUCUGUACAGAAGUUUGUCUUCCUAAUUUUCCUUACUUGUGCUGUGAGCAUAGCAGUUCAGAAAUCAAAAUAAAGCCACUACAGUUAUUUGGGAACAGAGGGAUCACAUGAAAUAGAACUUAAAAUUAUUUUACAUUUGUAAAUCAAAAUAGUAAAUAUGAGCUCUGUUUACAAAUAAACUACACUCCCUACAAAUGCAAGGCCACAUAAUGCUAUCCUUCAUCUAUCUCUGGUAGUUAGUUACUCUGCAAACAGUUCUUUGCACUUUAGGGAUUAAAUGUUAAUUUCUGUAAAUGAAGUAACAGCAGUGCAAUCCAUAUCUGGGGUUUAUUUACUGUGCAAAUGAAAUGAAGCUGUUCCAUACUUAAGAUUCUGAUAUGACCACCUAAAAGCUCUGAAGUCUCUCUUUGUGUAGCAUAAUCAAUGUGAUUUGCUGGUUUGUGUUAGUCAGAACCAAGCUAAUUUGGUCCUUAAACCAUUAGCAAAAAGUACUUUCUCUAACUGUACACUAUUUUGAUUCCAAGUUUGAGUUGUAGAAAUCUGGGCAGCAGAUGGUAGAUUGUAGAGCUUGAGGAAAAACUCAGAAUCAAUUUUUAAUUUUUUUUUUUCAUAUUUGAAUAUUAGCUGUAAAUAAUAAGAUAGAUGUGAUUAAGAACCUAACACUUCUUUCUCACAUGCUGCUAAAGGGCUGUAAUAUACAUCGGCAUACAGAUGUGCUAUAUGAUGGAGAGACACUGAAAACAGUCACAUAAAACACUGCCAUAUAAAACUAUAAACCAUCUUCUCCUGUGCAGUACGGCUCCUUUGUGCUAAAUUUCAAAUGUAAUCACAGGAUCAUGGAAUGGCUGAGGUUGGAAGGGACCUCUGGAUGUCAUCUGGUCCAACCCCACUGCUCAGGUAGGGCUACCUAGAGCCAGUUGGCCAGGACCGUGCCAGGUGGCUUUUGAAUAUCUCCAAGAUGGGGACUCCACAACCUUCAUGGGCGGCCUAUGCCAGUGCUUGGUCACCCUCAGAGGCAACAAGCGUUCCCUGGUGUUUGUCUCUGGUCCUGUCACUGGGUGACAUGGAGAAGAGCCUGGCUCUGUCUUUUUUUUAUCCUCCCUUCGUGUAUUUACACACAUUGAUGAGAUCCCCCCCAAGCCUUCUAACGUGAUGUGGCUGGAACAAUGCACACGGUACAGCUGCAGACUCAAGCGAAUUUAAAACUUUCUCUGCAGAAAAUACUACAGGGCUGAUUUUGUUCUUGUCAUUUCUGAGGUUUGUUCCAUACCCCUGCCAGUAACUGGAAGAUGGUAACAGGCCAGUCUUACCAGCUUUACUUUGUUUCUUCUUUGCAAGUACAACCUUUUGCUGAUCAAUGUGGGAUAGGAGAGUUUUUUAUUAUUGUCAAAAUCAUUGGAAAACUAUGUCUUGAUUUUAAGUAUGGAAACGGCCUGUUUUCAUAAAGGCCAAAUUUCAAUGCCAAACUUAUGUUUACAGAAUUAGGAGUCAAAGGAUCACAGUCUGAAAGUGAUUCUAAGAAAAGUGUCACCCCACUGAAGAUCUACUUAGUGCCUAAAAUUCUCUCUCUCCAGAAUUUUUGAGGUCCUGUUUCUGCUGCUCUUGAAGUGAAAAUAUUUUAACUCACUAGAAAUAUAGUGAGCUGAUCUGUAUGAACUUGAGCACUUGUGUAUAUUGGUAAUAAUUCAUUCAGACAAAUGUUAGAAUUCUGUGCUGACUGAAAGCGGGGCAUGCAUGGAGUGAUAAUGCGGCAAUAAUGCACAUUCUCUAUGUGCUUCAUUUGUUUUCAAACCCUUUGAGAAUGAACUGGAUUUGAAUCUUGUAGAUAAAAAGAGCAGUGAUCAAUAAGUGUGUAGGAGCAUUGUGGGUUAGCUUUAUAAUGAUUUUUCUUGCAUUUGUGACAAGGGCAAGAAGGUGGUCUGCUUUUCUUCCUUUAAUUUACUUACAUUGGACUAAAGAGAUAAAACUAAGGCUGUGUGCAAAUGCCUAUUUACAUUGCUUGGUGCCAGUGGAGUUACUCUGGUAUGAAACUGGUAGAAGAGGAGAAAAUCAUUUCUAAGGAGAGAUACUUCGGACCAUAUAAGCCUUUAUUUUAGCUGUCUUAGAACGUUAGACUAUUAAGGCAGCUUAGUUUUCAAAGCACUCUGGGGCAAGGAACUGUGGCGGGUCACCACUGAUCAGUUGAUAUAAUUGACCAAGUCUCUUUUUACCAUCACCUGAAGCGCCCGGACCUCAGGGCGGCCAUAAGGCCUCCAGUGAAUGGCACGGACUGAGGAUUUCUGUGCUGAAUACAGCUGGCUCUGCAGUAUCAUUUUAGUGCCCUUUGGCAAAGGGCAUAACCUGAGAUGUAAUGGGGAAAAAAAACAAGUCAGGACUGAAGCUUCCAGUCAAAACCAUUUUCCUGACUUUGUUUUUUCUUCAGCACAGACUGUUGUGUAUAGUACAGAGGACUUUUACAGGUUCCUGAAUUAUUUCGUCCAAGAUGCUGAAGUUGUCAGUACAUUUUUGUGCCCUUAAAAUUAAGAGGGUAGUUAGAAUUCCUGCCUGUUUACCUGCUGUUUAAUUAGUAACGUAUAAUAUAUAGAAGCACCAAACAGCAUGAGUAGCAAAGGGUAUUAGGAAGACAGGUUAGCCAGGAAAAGGGAACUAGAAAUUAUUGAGCUGAGGAUGCUGGCAAAGAAGUGGUGCUCAAAGCAGCUUUCUGGAGGAACAGCCCCAGUCAGGUUUGAAUUUGGGUGAUGUGAGCUGUAGAACUGGCAGGUGUAUCUGACAUACGCGGCUGUACCAGCAACUACCUGCAGGAUGGGAUCACCUGGAAAAAGAAAAAAAAAAUUACAUUAUGUUUUUUCUAAUUGAAAUCUCGCUCCUUCUGUUACUCUCUAGAGUGCAAAAGUGGGUUGGGUUGGUUCUUUUUCAUCUGCUUUUGCCCAUAAGGGAAAAAGCAGAAAUACCAGGCAAACUGAGUUCCCAUCUGUCCCAGUAGUUUGUGCCAUACAAUAGCAGAACAGGUUUGCUCUGAUGAUACACACAGGGCUGCUGUGAGAGCAGCACGUCUGUGGUCCUAAUGCCCCCAUAUAUCCAUGGAGAACCAACAAAAUGAGACUAUGUUCGCCCUUUUGGAGGGGAGAGUAAGGGGUAGAGGACGGACAAAUUGCCAGCAUCUACUGGAUCUUCAGUGACAGAAAAUUAGUUUGAAAAACAGCUUUAUAUGAAAAAUUACAGGAGGGCAUGGUGAAGGGGAGAAAAUGGAAGCAUUUACUUUAUGCACCUUUUAAUUCUAAAGUUGCAGAGUCAUUUUAACAGUAAAUUCUCCUGAACUAAGUUCAGGCUGAUUGCUUGAUGAAAAAUGCUAUAACCCCUCUUGUAAGAUGAUGCUACAACCCUACUUCUGCUGCAAUCUUCUGCUGCAAUUGAAGUAAAAUUCUUUGUAAUGUUUAAAUGUUCUAAGUCUAAAUAUAUUAGACGUGGAAAACAUCAGACCCCAGAAUUAUGUUAUUACUGAGCUUUUUGUUUUGAAGUCAUGCUAAGUCAAUCACAAGUAAUGCUGUCAUAACCUUCCAUAAUUCCCAGAACCCGUUUUAUCCUCCAAGUUACAUGAAUGCAUUGACAAUGUGUAUUAUUGUUAAAUUCAUGCCCAAUUUUUUCUUUAUAAAAGGGUUUGGUAGAUUUUUACACAUCUUUAUUUUGUGCCUCCCACCUUUGUGCAUUUCUGCAUGGUCAAUUCUAAAACUCACUCAAGCAGCUGAUGCAUAUGUACAUAGUUGUAUGUAUGUGUGUAUGAAUGUAUAUGUUUAUACCUAUCUGUCUAAAUCUAUUAUGUACAGUGUAUAGAAAGUGGGUAGUGUAUGUAUAUAUGUACAGAUCUGUAGCCAUGUAUUCAUAGUGUUCUAUAUGUUAAAGCUUUUCAUUCAUUUGCUAAUCCAGAGCUUCCUAGUUUUCAUUUCUUAGCCCAAACUAAGCCUCCCUUAAGAAGGUGAAUCCUGAUGAUUUUCAGAGCUUUGCACCUUUUUCUAAACCCAGCCUGAAUUUAGUAUUCAGAGCUGACAAUUAUAUUCCAUGAAUUUUCUGGCUUUUACAUGACUCCCUUUGGUUUUUCUCAUUUGACGUGUAGAAGUGUGCCAGCAAACAGUUAAUUGAACACACAGUGUCUAUUAAAAAUGAAUUAAUAAAUAAAUAACUACAGUUAUAAUAAAUAACUUCAGAACAUAAUUCCCUGUUUUCAAUAGUUACUCAUUCUCCUUCAGCCAUCUGAGAGACUUUUUUGUAGGUUUAUUUUGCAGUGAAACUUGGUAAGAGAUUGAUUUUUUUUAAUUUUUUUUUUUUUUUAAGUCUUCAGCGAUGGCUAAUUGGAGAAAAACAAGUUGCCCUCUAUCAUUGAACUGCAGCACACAGAACAGGCUGUAAUGGAUGCUGUUUAAGAAAUCAAUGCUUAUAUUGCCAUAUUGAUAACAUGAAAACAAACUGUUAUUUUUAAAAAAACUGUGUCCUCUGAUCAAUGAAAUAACAAUGUUUCUGUUACAGCAGUUAUUAAACAAGAGGGAGACUGCAGUUUGCUUCUUAAGAAGCAUGAAGACUUACUUAGGAUUUUCACUAUGCAUUUCAAUUGUGUAUUCACUUUCCAAAGUUAUUCUCUCUCUCAUCUAGCUUAAACUAGACAAAGCUGGUUAGUUCAUCUAGUUGUUGGAAUAAUGCCUAUGCUCGUGUUCUUUCCUUUCCCAAAACUGUGAUCUGUGCAGAUUGUGGCCAGUGUGGGUGAGGUGCACAUUGCUCCCGUGGGAGCUGGGCCCAUGGAGCAUUUAUGAAAUGAGACAUGCAGUAAGACAACUAUUACUCAUAGGGAGUAUUCAAACAUUGAAAUCAUCAAAAUAGAAGCAAUUUUUGUUCCUUGUCCCUUCUGAUGACUUAAGUUACAAAGAAGCUGCCUAUAGAAGUCAUUCUAUUAACUCGGGUCGUUUAAAAAAGCAUUUCACAGACCGUGUAGGGGAGUAGGUCGGGAAGUCUUGUUUCCAUCAUAUUGAAAACGUAUAGUGGAAUUUCCCGGGCAUUUAUUUCCACUUUUUGUCCUCAAUGUGGCAAAGACCUGUGUAUGUUUAAGCAGAUGCCAGUUAACACAGUGUGAGCUUCUCGCAUGCUUGAAGUCAAACACAAGGCUUGGAGUCAGGUCCUCUGCUUGUGAAAUCUCCACUAUGGAAAGAGCUCAUAAGUGUUGGUAAGCUUUUGUUUCAAAUGUAGAAAAAAACCUGUAAAACAUUGAUUUUAACAUUUCAAACCUUAUUUUUGAAAUUUUCAGCAGGAAAAUUACUUAAAUUAAUGGCAGGAAUUCUUGUGAGAGAUGGUCCUCCUGUGGUGUCUUGACAAUCAGCACUGUUUGAAUGCAUGGUUUCCUAUUUAAAGGCUGAGUAGAAAUAUGAAUGUCCAUUAACACGGUACUGCAGUAACAUUUUUAAAGAUGAGGAAGCAAAUUGCGUAUUGAUCAGGAUUGAAUCUGGUUAAAAAUUCAAUUGUGAAUUUAGAGAAAGAGCAUAUUUUUCAGUUGUGAACUGGGUUUAUAUACAUUUGAAUCGUUUGUGUUCUGAAAGACAAAAUGGGCUCGAAUUUAAGUGGCAAUAAAGGUUCUGUUGUAAUAUUUCGUGGGAACUGUGGAAUGUGAACUCAGCUUUCUGUAUCUGCACAGAAAGCAAAAGUCUGAGAAGCCCAGCAAUUGCCAGGCAUCUCACGCCCCUCAAUACCUGCCUUCUCAUACAUUUUUUUAUUUAUCUUACAUAAAUGGUAACAAGGCACAGGGCCAUUUUAAAAUAUUUUCAAUGAUUGUGGUUUAAAAGUGGGACUGAAUAAAUUUCAAAUAAAAAGGAUAUUCUCUAAGAAGAAAACAUCUUACAGAGCAUAAAUGUUAAAUUUCUUAUAUGUGGAAUCAACAUUAAAUCUGAGACUAUUUUUAAUAAUUAAUCUGUACUCCAAAAUAGAUUGCAAGGCAGUGUUCAAGCAGGUUCAUAAGUAAAAACUGCUCAAUGUGUAAGUGUUCUAUCUGUUUGGCAUACCAGGGACUUCUGAGCUCCCACAAAAAUAGCAGUUUUU